AUGAUACUAGUUAAGUUUAUAUUUUGUACAUGUAUCCAAACGGUGUAUAAUCAUCAUCUGGAUCAUAUACGCGAAUCGACACGUAAUGCUUAUAUUACUAAUGAUGCAGCUUAUUGUGUUGUGGCGAAAGAAUCCGUUGGAAAACAGAUAUCAAUUGCACUUUUGGAACGUAUAAAAGCCGAUUUCAGGAAACGGUACGGUGGCGGGAAAGCCGAUACAGCUGUUGCCAAAAGCCUCAACAAAGAAUUCGGACCGAAAAUGAAAGAGCACAUGCAAUAUAUAAUCGACCAUGCUGACGAGAUCGAUAAACUAUUGAAAGUUAAGGCUCAGGUUUCGGAAGUCAAGAGUAUUAUGCUUGAGAAUAUAGACAAGACUAUCGAAAGAGGCGCAAACCUAACUGUUCUUAAUGACAAGGCUGAAGACCUUCGUGAUUCGGCUCAAGAAUUCAAGAAAAGGGGGACGCAACUCCAACGAAAAAUGUGGUAUCAAAAUAUGAAAAUAAAGCUAGUCGUGCUCGGAAUAAUCCUCCUCUUAAUCCUCAUAAUCUGGCUCUCCGUUUGCCGCGGCUUCAACUGCGCAAACUAGUACCAAUUUCUUCGCUCUCGAUUACGACUCAUUUCAUCCCCUACACAUUAUAUAAAUCGUUCACUCCACACCUUCGAUUUUCAAGAGGUUUAAUGUAAUUGUUGCAACUGUUUGUUAUAUAUAUACAUUAAUUCUAUUUUUUUUCUGAUAGAAGAUUUGAUUGAUACGAAGUACAGUAGAACCUCGAUAAAUUAAUAACCUCGAUUAAAUAAUAGUUUCAGUCAGUCUCGACUCGGUGAAAAGGUGUUAAAUUACUGACUCGAUAAUUUGUAAAAUAUAUAGAGGUUUAACUGUAGUUUCUAAAUUUUCAAGAAUUUGCUUGUAAAAUGUAUUAAUUUUGUCCCACAUCGAUAAACUGACAAUUAAGUGUUAAGUAAUGAAGAUAUAAAUCGGGCCGGGCUGUAUCAAUCUAAAGCA